ACCUUGCGGCGCCUUAUUUCCCAUCGCAACCACCGUCACCGACCGGCUGGGGGCGACUUUCGAAUACGCUUCCUCCUCUAUUGAGUCCUCUUAGGGUCCUAUUUAUCAUUUCGCACGCCGCUUGCUGGUCACUUUUCCCGGUCGAUUAUUGCGUGCGCCCGGUACAACCUCUCUCACCAUCUUCCUACCUAUUGACGACCGCCACCGAGAGAUUUUUGUUCUUCGACGACCCUUUUUUCCCUGAACCAUCUCUUUCGAGUGCGGUUGAUUCCGCCCGCCCCAUCUCUCUGGCGAAUACCAGCCGAGCGAUCUCCGACAUCCUUCUUUGGCCCAUAGGAGGGACAAAUGGACUCUCCGGGCCAUUCGCAUGGGCACCUUGAAGCGACCCCGAGUCGUGAGGUUGUCUAUUGCCAUGCCUGCUCUAAUGAAUGGUAUCGCGUGGACCACGGCUUAGUAUGCCCCGGUUGCACCAGCGAAGCCACAGAAAUCAUAAGCUCAGACAGCGAUCCUCGAGACUUUAAUGACGGCUCGGCAUCGACGUCACCCGAACCUCAUGACCCAUUCCAUUUCCACAAUGAACAUGGUCACGACCAUGAUCAUGACCACGAUCACGGCCCCGAUGGACAUGAUCACAGCCAUGAUUCAGACCCCGACGAAGCUGAUAUAGAAGAACACAUGAUACCACCUGGCUUUCAUUAUCGCCGCAGUGUUUUGGAGCGGCCAGGCGUUCCACAUCAUGAUCCCGAUGUCGACCCAGUGUUUGAACGCUUUAUUGGCUUGAUACAUGAUUUAGCACCACCACCACGUAGAACAGGAGGAUCCGGCAUGUUUCAACAAAGAGGAGGGGAGGAAGGUCGGUUCGGAGGGCCGCAUAUCCAUCGCGCUACGUUCACCAACGGUAGCGGCAGUGCGUCUGUCACCAUUUUCUCUGGGCCUUCGUCAGGAUUCUUUUCCUCAGGAUCCCCAACUUAUGACCACCAUGGCGAUCCAUUUCAAGCGUUCUUUAACAACGUUCUGCGCGAUGAGGCGCCUCCUGGAGGUGGUCGGGAAGCGAGUGGUGGUAACUCUCCAGGAUUUGCGAGAGGGCUGCAAGAAAUUUUGAAUCUGUUCAAUCCAGCACACGCCAUCUCAGGAGACGCCGUCUAUUCUCAGGAAGCUUUAGACCAAAUCAUCACAAACCUCAUGGAAGCGCAUCCGCAAUCAAACGCGGCACCGCCAGCGUCGACCGAAGCGCUGGCUAACUUGAAUCGACGACCUGUAGACGCUUCAAUGCUGGAUGGUGAGUCGAAAACUGAGUGCACCAUCUGCAUUGAUGAUAUGAAGGUGGGUGAUUUGGCUGCCUUUUUACCUUGUAAACAUUGGUUCCACGAAGCAUGCGUCGUUUUAUGGCUCAAGGAACAUAAUACAUGCCCGGUUUGCCGAGCGUCUAUUGAGAAGAGUGGCGAAGGCAACAGCGGUGCAAAUGCAAAUGCAAAUGCAUCAGGUCCUAGUGGAUCAGGGUCAUCACAGUCGGACGAUCAAUCUGGGAGUGGACUGGACCGUAGCGGUCCGCUUCCAAUCCCUGGCGCUCGACCCUCCCAGCUCUCUCGGCCUCCAAGCCAAAGCCAGAGCCGACUGAACGAGGCUAUGAGAAGCAUUUCAUCGAGACAGCAGGAGCGGCAACAGCAACAAGAGCGUGAGCGUGAGAGGUAUCGCGUCUGGGGUGUCUCGUCCCCAACAGAGCGUCAACGUGAUGAAAGAGAAAGAGAGAGAUCUCGGCUAUGGGGCGUACGGUCUUCAUCAGGCUACGAUACUUCACGCAUGCAGCGGCGAAGCUCACGAAAUUCUCUUUCCCCAACGAGCCCUAGAAUGACUCUUGCGGACUACAGAGAGCGUCAGAGACAAGAGAGUCCGCCACAAAGCGGCCGCCGCGACGGAGACAACGCUGACACUGGUCGACAAACUGCUACUUCCGGAGCUCUGAACUGGCUGCGGGAUAGAUUUACCGGCGGUGGUUCUAGAGACGACUCUAACCGCGAUGACCGUUGAUUUGAUUCGCCCAUCUGCGCAAAGCUUCAUCAAUUAGCAACCUGCAGCUGGGGGCUAAUCGGCUCUAAACUAGCCGUAGAGUUGGUUUUGUAGCCAUAGAUGUCUUGCAGCUAUAUCCGACAGGGGUUGGUGA